AUGGCGACGGCAAUAACAGAGUGCACUCCGUCCUUCUUGGCCGCUGCCGGCCUCGCCGUGCUGGCGAUCUGCUCGUACCUUGCCGUCGUCCUCCGCCGCGGCGGCGUCGCCGGAGCGAAGCGGUACCCGCCGGCGGUCGGCACGGUGUUCCACCAGGUAUACCACCUCCGGCGGCUGCACGACUACUACACGGACCUGUUCCGCGAGCACAUGACGUUCAGGCUGCUCUCACCGGGACGGGGGCAGAUUUACACGUCCGACCCGGCGGUGGUCGAGCACAUCCUCAAGACUAACUUCUCCAACUACGGCAAGGGCGAGUCUAACUACGAGAACACGAGCGACCUCUUCGGCGACGGCAUCUUCGCGGUGGACGGCGACAAGUGGAAGCAGCAGAGGAAGAUCGCCAGCUACGACUUCUCGACGAGGGCCCUCCGGGACUUCAGCGGCGGCGUCUUCAACAAGAACGCCGCCAAGCUCGCGCACAUCGUCUCCGACAACGCGGCGGCGAAGCAGCCCAUGGACUUCCAGGCCUUGCUGAUGAAAGCGACGAUGGAUUCCAUCUUCACCAUCGCCUUCGGCCUGGACCUCAACACGCUGUCCGGGGCGGCGGCGGACGAGGGGAGCCGCUUCGCCGCGGCGUUCGACGACGCCAGCGAGUUCAUCCUGCUCCGCUUCGUCAACGCGUUCUGGAAGGUGGCGAGGUUCCUCAACGUCGGCGCGGAGGCGGCUCUUAGGCACAGGAUCAAGGUCGUCGACGAGUUCGCGUACAAGCACAUCCGCGCCAGGGCCGACGAGAUGUCGGUCGGCAAGGCACACGACGAGUCGAAGUGUGAUUUGCUGUCGAGGUUCAUUCAGGCGACCACCAGCGAGUCCGGGGAGGUGGAUUACAAGUACCUGCGAGACAUCAUAAUGAACAUCGUCAUAGCCGGCAAGGACACGACCGCCGGAGCGCUGGCCUGGUUCCUCUACAUGAUGUGCAAGCACCCGGAGGUGCAGGAGAAGAUCAGCGAGGAGGCCAGGGAGGCUGCCGACGCCGGCGAGACCGCGUCCAUCGACGACUUCUCGCAGAGCCUUACCGACGAGGCGCUGAACAAGAUGCACUACCUGCAUGCCGCCCUGACAGAGACACUCAGACUGUACCCUUCGGUCCCGUUGGAUAACAAGGAGUGCUUUUCGGACGACGUUCUGCCCAACGGCUUCAGCGUCGGCAAGGGGGACAUGGUGUUCUACGCCCCCUACGCCAUGGGCCGGAUGGAGCGCCUGUGGGGCGAGGACGCCCAAGCCUUCCGGCCCGAGCGGUGGCUCGACGAACACGGCGUGUUCCAGCCAGAAAGCCCUUUCAAGUUCACAACUUUCCAGGCUGGUCCGAGGAUCUGCCUGGGAAAGGAGUUCGCGUACAGGCAGAUGAAGGUCUUCGCGGCAGUGCUGCUCCGUUUCUUCGUGCUGGGUCUGCGCGACAAGGACGCCAGCGUGAACUACAGGACCAUGAUCACGCUCUACAUCAAGCAGGGUCUCCAUCUCACGGCUGUGGCGCGAAUAAUAAGCUGA